UUUACAAGUCACAAGCUCUAUAUCAUAUUUUCCAAGAAUUUACCACUUCUAUGACACAUAAAUAGGAAUCUUUGUAUACAGUAUUCUUCUAACCAAUCUCUCUUUAGUCACACCUUAAAAUGGAUCCAAAGAUGUUGGAGGCAAUUAGCAGCAACGACGUACGGACAUUCCUUGGCUUGGUUGGAGAAAAUGAAGGAAUUCUUGAGCAGAAAACAGCUUGCUUGAAUACUGUUUUACAUUUGGCUUCAAAGUUUGGACACAUUGACAUAGUCUUGGAGAUCACAAAGCUGUGUCCUGAAAUGGUUGCUGCCGAGAACGAGGAAUCGGAGACCCCAGUUCACGAAGCUUGUCGCCAAGGGAAUCCAAAUGUUUUGAGGCUGCUGUUAGAGGCUAAUCCCAGGGCAGCUUUCAAGCUCAACUCUUAUAAACAGUCUGGACUUUUCUUGGCUUCCAGUCUUGGACAUCUCGACUCGUUGACUUUCCUUAUGAAACAGCCCGGGAUUCUUGAUUUUGAGGAAGUUGUUGGCCUUGAUCACACUCUCAUCCAUGUGGCUGCAUCAAGAGGACACACAGAUGUUGUUAGGGAGAUACUAAACAUGAGUCCACAUAUGGCUCAAAAGGUUGACGAGAAAGGAAACUCGAGUUUGCAUUACGCUUGUAAUGAAGGGCACAUAGAGAUAACUUGGAUGCUUCUGAGGCGUGAUCCGAAUCUUGCACUGCAAUACAACCACAAUGGUUACUCACCGUUGCAUUUGGCUGCAAUACAUGGCGAAGUUACUGUCCUUGAAGAAUUUGCGCGAAAAUCUCCCGCUGCUUUUCAUUACCUUACCAAAGAGGAAGAGUCAGUGUUUCACUUGGCUGUGAGAUAUGGCAAAUUUCAAGCCUUGGUUUUCUUGGUGCACUUCUCUAAGGCCACAAAUCUCCUUCACUGUCAAGACCGAUAUGGUAACACCGCCUUGCAUCUUGCGGUUACAGGGGGGCGGAAUCAGAUUGCUAAGUUCUUGGUCAACGAAACAAAGGUGGAGGUCAAUACUCGGAAUUCUAAAGGUCAAACAGCGCUUGAUCUUCUUGAUCACACUAAGGACAGCGCAGAAACUCGACACCUUGAGACUGUUUUUGCAAGAGCUGGAGGAGAAAGGAGCACAGAAGUCAUAACUUGUUCGCCGGAGGCAUUAUCUUCAACGCUAAGUUACAUAUUCGAAUCGGAUAUAUCCAUGAAUGAGAAUGCUUUGUCCUCAAUGCCUGCAGAGAUAGCUUAUCUUCAGCAAGGGAACCAAAGAAAGUCUAAAGUGUCAUCACCCCAGAACCAAGUUCAAGAGAAAAUCACCAACGAAAUGUACAAACAGGAGUCCUUUUCUCCAAUGGCCAAUUUCCAACAUCACAGGACUACUCGCAGCAAAAGACACACAGCGGAAUCAUCAAGAGAACGUUGCAAUACUCGCUUAGAGAAGCAUCACAUGAUUCACAGUGAGGGAAUACAAAACGCUAGGAACACUAUCAUACUAGUCGCCGUUUUGAUCGCCACGGUAACCUUUGCUGCUGGGAUGACCCCACCAGGCGGCAUCUACCAGGAAGGGCCAAUGAAAGGGAAGUCAAUGUUGGGCACAACAAAGGCUUUCAAAGUCUUUGCAAUAAGCAACAAUGUGGCAUUGUUCACGUCUCUCUCAAUAGUCGUUGUUCUUGUCAGCAUCAUACCCUUUCGAAGAAAGCCGCAGAUGAGAUUGUUGGUUGUUGCUCACAAGGCCAUGUGGGUGGCUGUGGCGUUCAUGGCAACAGGCUAUAUUGCAGCCACAUGGGUGGUGACGCCUCGUGGCCAGGGCUCGGAAUUCCUGCUUGUGGCUCUUCUGGCUGUGAGUGGUGCAACUUUGGGCAUAAUUUUUAUUGGUCUAAUUGUGCUGCUGGUUGAGCACUGGCUCAGGAAAUCGAAGUGGAGAAAGUUGAUGGGGAGAUGGGGUGUUGCAGAUGAUGAAAUGGGAAGCCAAAAUUCUGAUGUUGAGAGCUCCUACCAACAAGGAUAUCACUCAUAUUGA